AUGAGAUGGAAGGCCCUAUUCUUCCUGAGGGAUCAUGAGGACAGCAUUAAUGACAGCGUCGAAGACCAGAACACCCACCCUGAGGAUAGAACAUUUGGGUUCAAAAGCGACAAAUGCCCACCUCAAAUCAAAGAGCUAAUACCAUUCGAAAAUGACUUGUUACACAUGAUCGAGAACCUGCGCUUCAGAAAAUCACCAAGCGAGUUCCAAGACAGGCUUAAAGAAGACAUCUCUAGCAUCAAAAGGUCACGGAAAUUGCUAAUCCCUGCUGACAAGACGCGAAACCUCUACGAAAUGGACCAGUCGUUAUGCAACAAACUUCUGCGGGACAACAUAACAAAGUGUUACCAAUCAUCCAGCACCAAAACAGUGAAUGGUAUCAACAACGAGGCACGGUCAAUCGCCAAUGACUUAAAGAUUGACGAAAGAAUGGAGACUAUGGCACAGAAGCAAGCCUUCAUCACCCUAAAGGACCACAAGGACAAUUUCGAAAACACACUUCCAUGCAGACUUAUCAACCCUGCAAAAAGCGAAACCGGGAGAAUCAGUAAAUCAAUACUCGACAAUAUCAACGAUGCCAUCAGAAGGGCGACAUGUGUUAACCAAUGGCGGAAAACCAGUGCCGUUAUCGAGUGGUUCAAGAACAUAAAAGAGAAAGAGAAACAUACUUUCAUCAGCUUCGACGUGGUCAGCUUUUACCCGUCCAUAUCGGAAAAACUACUGAGACAGGCCAUCGAAUUUGCAAAGGAGUACAUAAACAUCCCAGCCAGAGACAUAAAGAUUAUCAUGCACGCGAGGAAGUCUGUCCUGUUCGACAAAGACACCCCAUGGAAGAAAAAGGAUAGCGGGAACCUGUUCGACGUCACCAUGGGCAGCUUUGACGGAGCAGAGGUCUGCGAACUUGUGGGCCUCUACAUUCUGAACAUCCUUUCCAAACAGUAUGGCAAGGAGCAUGUUGGCCUCUACAGAGAUGAUGGUUUGGCUGUCUUCAAAAGUAUCUCAGGUAGUGAAGCUGAUCAUAUCAGGAAGAACUUGACGAAAACCUUCCAGCAGCUCGGCCUCAAAAUCACCAUCAGCUGUAACCUCAAGAUCGUUAACUUCCUCGACAUCACUCUCAAUUUGAACAACGGCAAGUUCUACCCGUACCGGAAGCCAAAUGACCAACCCAUGUACGUUCACAAACAAUCCAACCAUCCACCAUCAAUCAUCAAGAACCUACCAGCUUCCGUAAGCAGACGAGUAUCAAAUAUCUCCUGUGAUGAAGAGACCUUCAAGAAAGCCGCUCCAAUGUAUGACAACGCCCUGAGAUCCAGUGGAUACGCAGAUAGCCUGUACUACACGAAUGACCAACCAAGACGGAAAAGAAAAAACAGGCAGCGUAAUAUUAUCUGGUUCAACCCACCAUUCAGCAAGAACGUAUCAACCAAUAUCGGCUGCAUCUUCUUAAAGCUGGUCGACAAACACUUCCCAAAGAAAUCCAAACUCAAUCGCAUCUUCAAUAGAAACACGCUCAAAGUGAGUUACAGCUGCAUGCCGAACGUCGCCAGCAUCAUCAAAACUCACAACAAGCAAGCCCUGAAGGUAGACAAUAAGUCAAACAGCAAAACAUGCAACUGCCGGAAAAAAGACCUCUGCCCUCUCCAAGGGAAUUGCUUGGCUACCAACGUCAUCUACAACGCGGAAGUAACAACCCCAGACAAGAGGAUGACCUACAUUGGCCUCACGGAGCCCCCCUUCAAGUCCAGAUACUAUAACCACCAUCAAUCCUUCCGACACGAACGGUACCAGAACAGCACGGAACUGUCGAAGUUCAUCUGGGACCUGAAACGAUGCGACACGCCGUAUACCAUCAAGUGGUCCAUCGCCAGCCAUGCGCAAGCAUACUCCAACGAGACAAAGAGAUGUGACCUGUGCCUCACCGAAAAACUUCUCAUUAUGAACGCUGAUAAGCAGUCACUGCUAAACAAACGCCCAGAACUCGUUUCGAAAUGCCGCCACCAAAACAAGUUCAAGUUAUGCAAUUUCAAAUACAAUCUUCCGUAA